AUGCACAACACCCCACACACACAGACGGAGGAAGACAAACAGAAACAGAACCACCAAGAACAACAGCAGCGGCAGCAACACCAACACCAGCAGCAACAACAACACCAACAACAGCAGCAACAGCAACAGCAGCAACAGCAGCAGCAGCAGCAACAGCAGCAGCAGCAGCAGCAACAGCUGCAGCAGCAGCAGCAGCUUGCCUCUGCGAAGAAAGUUUUGUGA